AUGAGUUCCUCCUCAGAUGUAAAUUUAAUGAAAGCACAUGGUUCAAUAAUGAUCAUGAGUUGGAUCGGUUUAGCGUCAACGGGUAUUAUCAUGGCACGUUAUUUUCGUCAGACAACGGAACGAAAUGUUUGUGGAGAAAAAUUAUGGUUUGCAUUUCAUCGUUUUCUUAUGACAUUGGUAGUAUUUUUAGUUUUAUUAGCAUUUUUAUUUAUUCUUGUAUUACUUAAAGGCACAUGGGUUGAUUGGAUGACGCAGGGUCCACGCCCGUUUGCUCAUUCGAUCAUGAGAAUAUUUAUCGUUAUUUUUACUGUUAUUCAACCAUUCAUGGCUUUAUAUCGUUGUCAUCCUGAUGCUCAAUAUCGUUUUAUUUAUAAUUAUUUUCAUCGUUUUCUUUAUUAUGUCUCAUGGCGUCGUGUAUUAUUUACCUUCUUUUUAAUAACAACAUUAUUGAUACUCUUUAUCACUAAUAAACAUUAUUCUAUACAAUCGACAAUUGAAUUAAUACCCGCAUCAAAGUUAAAAAGAAUACCGUUUGAUACUCAUUCUGAUUUACCAUCAUUCAUGGUCAAUAUGUCUAGCGAUGUCUUCCUCAAAACUACGUUAUGUGGUGGACUAAUAUCCAAUUCUUCGAACAUAAAACUAUCGGAUAUCUCUAAAACAGAAAAACUACUUCGUGAAAAAUAUAAAAAUAUAUGUAAUCUAAACUAUAUAAACAUGUCAUGUUCCAAACUAAUCAAUUUACAAGCAUUUCAUACUCAAAAACUUCGCAAAUUCGAAUUAAAACAUCCUCAUGCAUUUACUAUUCUAUUACAGAAAAAUCUCUAUCAAUUUCAAGUAUUAUUUCGAAUACUCUAUUCCAAACAGAACUAUUAUUGUAUUCAUGUUGAUUUAGAAGCAUCCGAUUGUUUAGUUCAAUAUGCUACAAAACUAUCGCAAUGUCUUAAAAAUGUUUUUGUAUCACUCAAACGUUUUAAUGUGACUUUACAGAGAAGAUUUUCCAUCUUACAAGCUGAACUUACGUGUCAGAUACAUUUAUUAAAAAAAUCUGAUAAAUGGAAAUAUUAUAUGAUUUUAUCCGGUCAAGAUUUACCUAUUCAAACGGGUUACACUCGCACACAAAUACUCUCUCUUUUAAAUAACUCAAAUUCUGUUCAAUCGAUCGAAGAAAUUCAUCAAUCUGACACAAAAAAAUCUUUAAAAAGUUUUACCGUUUACAAAGGAUCAUUUCAUUCAAUCUUAACACGAUCAUUUCUUGAAUCUAUUCAUAAAAGUGAAACAGCAUACAAUAUACUCAAACAUCUACGAGAUGCACAAUUAUCACAUGAAUAUUUUUAUCCGGCUUUAAAUCGUCAUCAAGAAUUUCCGGGUACUGGUCAACUUACGGAACACCUAUUAUCGCACUAUGUUCAGUAUAAAUCACAAAAAGGAAUAUUUCAUUUAACAUGGGAAGAUUUGCCAUUAAUAGAGCAAAGCAAACGACUAUUUGCAGGUGAAUUUGAUCAACAAUUUGAUUCUGUAGCAAUUGAUUGCCUAGAACAAUGGUUAAAAGUAAAAGCAUUAAAUCCAGUCAAAAUUAACAUCAAAGAUUAUAAACUGUACAUUAAAAGAAUAAAGAUACGACAACAGUUGAAUAGAAUAACGUGA